ACGCCCUCCGCCUCGUAUAGGGGUGUUCCGCUCCAGCUGACAUAUCCGGUGUUGACUCCGCACCCUGGGCGUACGUACAUAUGCGCCCUCUCCGCCCCUCCUCGACGAGCUCAACAACGCACGACCACCACGACCACCACUGCGUAGACGUUAGAGGCAUGAGUUAGAAUCGAAAUGGACAACCGUAAUGGGACUGUAACGACCGGUACGGACCAGAAGAGGGACCAGACUGUCGCGAUCGUCAUCGUCUUGAUGGCUGGCCUAAGCCUUCUAGUUUCCAGUCUCCUAUUUGUUAGACGAUACCACUCUCGCCAACAAAUGCUCGCCAGCAGAUUCCCUAGCGCUCCGUUCGGCCCUCCAGUCAGACAACCCUCAUACUACACAAGCCAACUCGAAGCUGGCGGCGCACCUCCUCUUCUCCUCCCCGCACAACUCCAAUUACCUCGAGUCUCUCGCUGGCCCGAAGGUGCGAACCCCGAGACAGGAGAGCAGUUGCCAGAGUAUAAAGUCGCGGCGAAGUCCCCUGUUGUGUUGACGUAUCCCGAGAUGGUGUACACGGGGACUGGGAGAGCGGGGAUGGGGGAGCCACCGCCUUAUGAUGCUAGUUUGGGCGAGAGUGGGAGGGAGGAUGCUGGGGAGCCGAGUGCGAGAAGAGGGUCAUGACAUGAAGGGGUGCGUAGGGUGUACGAGAGGUAUGGGUUAGUGAAUGGGAGACGAGUGUAUGUGAUGAUCUUUGUUUUUGGGCUAUCGGCGUAUCCUAUACCUAUGUAUCAUGAACAACCACAC